GAAUGGUUUGGGUUGAUCCUUCAGUACUAUAAACUUGAAGCAAUGUGAUCACCAUUUUGAACUAUAGCAAGGAAGUAGAUCAUCCAUCCAUGGAGGGCUGCAGUUACUACUUGGCAAUGGUACUUUCUCAGCUAUCCUAUGGUGUAUCAAGCAUCCUCACAAAAAUUUCUCUAUCGGAAGGCCUCGAUCCAAUUGUCUUUGUGGUUUAUAGGCAUGUUAUAGCCAUGCUUUUGUUAGCACCAUUUGCUUAUGUUAUUGAGAGGAAGCAGAGACCUGCACUGUCAAUUUCAAUAGCUGCAAAAGUAUUUUUGCUUGCAUUAUUUGGCACUACCAUCCAUCUCAAUGUGUACUAUGCCGGUUUAGCAUACAUCUCCCCCACAGUUGCUUGCGCCUUGGGUAAUGUAGUCCCAAGUUUGACGUUUGUAAUGGCGGUUCUGCUUCGGAUGGAGAAGUUGAAGAUUAAAAAUCGGCGAGGUCAAGCAAAGGUGGUUGGUACACUCCUCUGCAUUGGUGGUUCUCUUAUUUUCACAUUCUGGAAAGGAGGGUACCUAUUCAAGGGUUUUGUUGAGAAGCCACUUAUCAAGGGAUAUAACACUGAGUUGAGGCAUGGUAAGGAAAAUUGGAUCAAGGGUUCGGCUCUUAUUCUCACUAGUCACAUAGCAUGGAGUUCAUGGCUUAUUCUCCAGGCUAUGGUCUCCAAAGUCUACCCUGCUCCAUUGUCACUAACCGCACUAAUGUGCUUUUUUGCAUCAUUGCAAUCUUCCAUUGUUGCCCUGUUUUUUGCAAAAAAUAAAGCUUCAUGGAGACUUGAGUGGGAUCUGAAGCUUUUUACCAUCGUCUACAGUGGAGUUUUGAUCUCAUCACUAGUCUAUUACCUGCAAACAUGGUGCAUCAGACAUAAGGGACCAGUUUUUGCAGCUAUGUUUAGUCCCCUACAAGUUAUUAUAGUCGCAAUCUUCUCAGCAACUGCUUUCGCAGAGCGACUCCACUUAGGCAGCUUGAUCGGAGCAUUUCUCAUCAUCGUUGGCCUUUACUGCGUGCUAUGGGGAAAGAAGAAAGAUGGUGUUAUUGCUGAACUCCCACAGAAUGGAAAAGGAGUACUUAAUGGUGGUAAUUCCAUGAAUGAUCGAUACAGUGAUGAAGCCUGAAACUAGAGAAAGGACACAGUCAUAACUCAUAAGAACAGUUGAUGUAAAAGAAAAUUUUGUUUUAGCAUGAUUCACAAAAUCCUUUAUGAAAUUCGUGUUUAUUCACAUAAUCUCAUACACAUUAUGCUGUCGAUCACAGUAAACACUCCAUAUGAACUUAUAAGCUGAAUGACACAUGUCAAGAACAUAAAUUCUG